AUGGGGGCUCGAGUGACAGAAACACCUCGGGAACUGGAAAGUGCCUCUAUAAAGUAUCAAAUUGGAGGACAUGCAGAGAAAAUGUGGCAACGACUCAAAGGAAUAUUAAGAUGCCUGGUAAAGCAGCUGGAGAAGGGUGACAUUAAUGUGGUGGAUUUAAAAAAGAAUAUUGAAUAUGCAGCAUCUGUGCUGGAGGCAGUUUAUAUUGAUGAAACCAGGAAGCUUUUGGACACUGAGGAUUCUGAACUGUCUGACAUUCAAUCGGAUUCGGUCCCGCUGGAAGUGCGGGACUGGUUAGCCUCUACAUUCACGAGGGAAAUGGGGGUAGUGAGGAGAAGACCUGAAGAAAAGCCCAAAUUCCGAAGCAUUGUACAUGCUGUACAGGCUGGGAUUUUUGUAGAAAGGAUGUACCGAAAAACUUCUAGCAUGGUUGAUUUGGCUUACCCAGCAGAAGUGAUAGCAACAUUUAAGGAUGUUGAUAAGUGGUCCUUUGAUGUUUUUGCCCUAAAUGAAGCAAGUGGAGAGCACAGUCUGAAAUUUAUGAUGUAUGAGCUGUUAACCCGAUAUGACCUUUUGAGCCGUUUCAAGAUCCCUGUUCCCAAUCUUAUUUCAUUUGCUGAAGCUCUUGAAGUUGGUUACAGCAAAUACAAAAAUCCAUAUCACAAUUUGAUCCAUGCAGCCGACGUUACUCAAACUGUGCAUUACAUACUGAUUCACACUGGUAUCAUGCACUGGCUCACAGAACUGGAAAUUUUAGCAAUGAUCUUUGCAGCUGCCAUCCAUGAUUAUGAGCAUACUGGGACCACAAACAACUUUCAUAUUCAGACCAGGUCUGAUGUUGCAAUAUUGUACAAUGAUCGUUCUGUUCUUGAAAAUCAUCAUGUAAGUGCUGCAUAUAAACUCAUGCAAGAAGAGGAAAUGAACAUCCUGACACAUUUAACCAAAGAUGACUGGAGGGAGUUGCGUAGCUUGGUCAUUGAGAUGGUCUUGUCCACGGAUAUGUCAGGUCAUUUUCAACAAAUUAAAACGAUGCGGCAUACUCUCCAGCAGACAGAGGGGGUAGACAAAGCCAAAGCCAUGUCUUUGAUUCUACACGCAGCAGACAUAAGCCAUCCAGCAAAAUCCUGGGAACUGCACUACCGGUGGACCAUGGCCCUGAUGGAAGAAUUUUUUCGACAGGGAGACAAGGAGGCUGCUUUAGGUCUUCAAUUUUCCCCACUUUGUGACCGCAAGUCUACUUUGGUAGCUCAGUCCCAAAUAGGCUUCAUUGACUUCAUAGUAGAGCCAACGUUUUCUCUUCUUACUGACUCAAUGGAGAAAAUUGUUAUGCCUCUUAUAGAGGAAGCAUCAAAAUCUCAAAGUCCUGCAUUUGGGACACCCAGCCAAUGUAAUUUGGGAGCAGUAAGCAAUGUUGAAGCACAAAAACGAACCAGUUUUAAAAGUCCAAGUGAUGGAGGGACUUACACAGAAAUUUCUCUAGCAGCUGUAGACCUAAAGAGCUUUAAGGACAACUUGAUGAAGAUCAUUCAAGCAAAUAAAGAAAGAUGGAAAGAACUAGCAGUAGAAGAAGAACCGGGGAAAAAUGUUGGUGAACAGGAAAAAGACCAAAGCAGAAAUUCCACAGAUGCAGAGUUAAAGGAAGAGACAACAAGGAUACAAAAUGAGAGUAGUCAGGAAAGCGAUGGUACAACCUGUCCUCCCAGAUCCAUCGUCCUACAAGUAGUCUCUUCCGAUACUCCUCUGAGUGAUGAAUCCAGCUCAGAAAAGUGCACUAACUCUGAUCCGAACCAGAAAGAUCUCACCGAUGCCCAGCAAGAAUCACAGAAUAUUGACCCACUGAAUGGGGAGCCUAGACAUUGUAAGAAGUCAGAAGAUAUAGUAAAAGGCACUGAGCAGAAUGAAGCACUGAUACAGAACUAG